AUGUCUUUCUCUUCACGCGCCUCCAUCUCGUGCCUAGCGAAUGAAACGCUGCUGGCCAUCUUCGGCCACAUCUACCAGCACACGCAAGACCCCUUCCUUCGUUUCCCCCUCGGUCAUCCACCCCGUCCCAUCCUCAACGUACACAGCAAGACUAUGUUUCCGUAUGCAUGCGCCGAGGUCUGUCGGAGGUGGCUGGCCAUCUCAGCUAUGGACGCUCGCUUCUGGAGGCGCGUCGUCAUCCCCAUUGAUGCUCCAUACGUCACUCGCGAGGUCAUUCAGACUGUUCUCGAGGCCUCGCGCAAGAACAGCAAGAUCACCGUUGAUAUCUGCUACCGUGGAGCGCCACUCAUGGAUCCUAGCCUCGAGCACGUGCGCAUCAAGCUCGCUAUGGAGUGUCUCCGGCCCCAUCUCUCCCGCUGCUCCGAGUUUACCCUCGGAGGUCUCUACCGCUCAUCCACUGUGCUCUUAGCUCGCCUCUUUGAAUGCAUCGUGCUGCCCGAGGUGGUCGACUUGACACUCGCUUCUUCCAUCGUUGAUACCGACGAACGCUUUGCUCUGACGGUACUCGACUGCCCGAAGCUUCAUCGCGUAGACCUCGACGCGCGUAGUCUAGCCGAUUUUGUGCUUUCUAGUGCAGGCUGGAAGCUCUGGAAGAAAUGCGAACCAGUUCUAAGCGCUACGAGCUACCGUCCUCAUGGGGAGCUCUACCCUCUUUCCCCCGCAUUCUUCGGUCAGGCUGUUAUCACCGCUCACAUGAGAGCCAGAGUCGCCUUCUGUAUAGAAGAUGUGGAGUUCUCCGGCUUAGACGCAUCUCCUUCGGAAACUUCCGAUCCCUCUCCGGCUGGCCUGCCAAUAUUUGUCGUGCCCAAAAGUGACGAUGGUAAUAACAACAACGAGCUGUCAGUAUGCUUCUCGUGCAUGGACGGCCUCUCGAUCUCCCGCUUGCUCGAUCACGUCGUGCCAAGCGCAAAGCCCGAUGUUUCUAUCGCCAUCAUGAGCAGUGAUUUAUCCUCCUUCUCUAUGAAGCACCGACUCGGCUCUCGGUCUCGGCUGCUUCUGAGCGACGUUAAUGACAAGGCUUCCCUCCUCGCCAUCCUUGGCAAUUGGGAUGGGCCUGUCCUCCUUCUAAGCUACUGCCCAGCAUUCGACGACAGCGUUCUUCGGCUGCUCAGGAAGAACAAGAAAUUCUGUCCGAACCUGAUCAAUUUCAUCGUAGGCGGCUGUCCUUGUACUCCACGUGCGCUCUCGCGAAUGCUCAGAGCGCGACAUCGGGCCGGGAGACGUGUUCAUGGCGUCGACGUGACAGGAGAUGUUAUGUUACCUACUGAGGAAGAGCUGACGUUGAUCGAGAAGAGCGUCGAUGAGCUUUGCUGGUACGAAGCCUAUCGCGCGUUGCGGGGAGGGGAUGGAGGCGAGGAUGAUGACGAACACGAAGCCGACUCGGAGUCGGAGACGGGCCAGUUGUUUGAAGGGCUGGGAGGUUUGUUACCUACGUUCAGUCUGGGAGACCUUGGAACUCUAUGA